ACGUAGUGGCUUGGUGGGUGAGCGAAGCAACAACGGUUCAACAAUGGCCACGUUACAGUGCAACUGCAAUUCUCUUGCGCUCAACAAACCCUGUUACCCCAGAAGAAGAAGAAGACUCUUAUUACAACCGUUUUCUUCAUCUACGCGCUUGGUUCCAAGAACUUCAAUCUGCACAGGUUACAAUGCCUCAACUUCAAGGUGGGGUAGUGUUGUUUCUGCUGUUGUCUCAGAAGAGAACGCAGUUGGCUCCUCAUUCUCUGCCGCUGAUGUCUUCAAACUCACAUAUUUAGAGGGAAACAGUUGGCUCUGGAAUGUGGGUGGGACAAACAUAUUGGUUGAUCCAAUUUUGGUUGGUAACUUGGAUUUUGGAAUUCCUUGGCUAUAUGAUGCUGCUAAGAAAAUGUUAAAGCAAUUCCAGCUCAGUGAUCUUCCGGAAAUCAGUUGCUUACUCAUUACUCAAAGCCUUGAUGAUCACUGCCACUUGAAGACCUUAAAGCCCUUCUCUCAGAAAUUCCCAAAUAUUAAAGUUAUAGCAACCCCUAAUGCUAAAGGCUUGUUGGAUCCUCUUUUCAGAAAUGUUACGUAUUUAGAACCUGGGCAGAGCUUUGAUAUUGAAACAAAUUAUGGUUCGAUGAUCAAUAUUAAGGCUACAGCAGGACCAGUUCUUGGACCUCCUUGGCAACGUCCUGAGAAUGGGUAUCUUGUUACAUCCCCACAAGGCCAAUUGUCUCUCUACUACGAACCCCACUGUGUAUAUAAUCAAAGUUACAUUGAGAAGGAAAAGGCAGAUAUUGUGAUAACGCCGGUCAUAAAACAGCUUUUGCCCAAUUUUACCUUGGUUUCAGGACAAGAAGAUGCAGUGAAACUUGCAAAGCUGCUUCAAGCCAAGUUCAUUGUGCCAAUGAAAAAUGGAGAUCUAGAUAGCAAAGGGCUUCUUGCCAGCUUAGUUAGUGGUGAAGGAACAGUCGAAUCAUUCAAGGAACUUUUAUCAAAAGAAUUACCAGAUGCAAAGGUUGUAGAACCUACUCCAGGAGUACCAGUGGAAAUUUCAGCAAAUUAAAGUUUCAGUAAUUCUGGUCCCCAUUCCCCUUUCUGUAUUGGGUCCCAAAUGGAACAACAGUUUUUUCAAGAAAAGGAUACAUUUUUUCAUCCCUGUGAUUACUUCUUCCCCUAUAUGUGUGUGGUAGCUUAUAUGUUAUAUAUGUGACAUGUUGAUAGAAUCUACUUGCUUAUUUUAUAAGAAUAUAUAUUCAAAUGGUUUAUUGGUAUAUC